UGAUAAAUGUUCUCUUUAAAGGAUUACUCACAUUUCAUAUGAACGCAUUACAUUUUGAACAUCAUGGAACUGGAUACUUUUCUGGUUGUUUUUGCUUUGCUAAUUGCGCUCCCAAAUCUCUCGAUGUGUUGCUAUAAAUGUGGUCCCGACUUGAAAUGUUCUUGCACGGAUAUUUUACCGGGAAUGAUUGCCAUGGACUGUAAAGGAAGAAAAGUAAACAUUCGUCAGGUUUGUGAAACUAUUGCGCGAAUAUACUCAAAUGUGUCGGAUCUUAACAUUGCACGAAAUAACAUUGGUAACUUUAAUGUCGAAGACUUGAACCACUGUCGAAACAUCAGUAGUUUGAACAUGAAUUACAACCAGAUAUCGUCUUUGCCAAAUGGUGUCUUUAAAGAUUUUCAGAACAUAUUGACACUAGAUUUGAGCGAUAACAUGCUGGACAUUUACAAUAAAACGGCGUUUAACCCAAAUGUGCUUCCAUCGACUCUGACAAUCCUCAAACUCUUUGGCAACUUUCGAGAGGAUAGCAAGCUUGGAAAAAACUUCGCAUAUCCAGAUUUUACUUAUCUGCGGUACAUCGGAUUGUUGCAGAUGGACGGGGUUGAUACAGCUUUCGGUCCUCAGUAUAAAAACAGUGGCGUCAGAAAUUUAACUCUUUCAUCAAAAGGACCUUUGGGAUUCUGUUCCAUAAAGGACAUCUUUCCGACCACUUUCCACUCGCUUGAGAAUGUACGUGUCCUUGAUGUAUCCUCGUGUAGAAUUGAAAAUAUUUACAGAGAUGCCUUCAAAAACAUGAAGAGUCUUGAAAUUUUGGAUCUUUCUUUGAACAGACGUCUAGGAUUUAGCUCCCUGAUGAAUAUUUCAUAUUCGCUCCAGUUUACAAAUAUCCAAUUUCUGAAUUACUCGCGGGUUUAUACUUCAUUUGGCACUGGGACUAUUCUUUUAAAUAGAGAUUUGUGUUACUUACGGAAUACUUCUCUGAAAGCAAUGGCCAUUGAUGGUAACAAGAUUCAAAUGAUAGAAAAGAACACGAAUUUGCUACUUCCGAAGCAAUUUGAAACAAUGUAUGCGCAAGAGAAUAAAUUCUCUUUUGGGUUAUAUCUCAUUCAGUUGGCUUGUCUUCAAAAUAUGUUACAUAUUCAUGCAAAUAACCAAAACAAGAUGCAUUCACCUAUUACAUACCUUGCCGAACCUAUACCAAAAGAUGACAACGAUCGAAGCAGGGAUUCGGAAUGCCCAUUCAUGACGGAAGAAAGUUUGAAGUCCAUUGCGAAAUAUAUUCCCCAUUGUACGUACUUCCCAAAAAAUGAAACCGUUACUGACAUGAAACCACGUUUUCCCAAAUUACUCAAAAGCAUUUAUUUCUCUGGCUGCAACAUGGCAUACAGCCUUGACAAUACGCAAAUCAAUAUAAAACCUUCAAAUAACUCGCUUGAAGUAUUGGAUUUUUCAAGAAACGCUUAUCAUUCCUUGAGCGGCAAGAUAGGUCCAUUUCCAAAUCUUAAGUUUUUUACAAUCUCCCGUUCUUACUGUUCAUUCAUAAGUUCAGACAUUUUGUCAAUGGAAAAUCUUGAAAACCUUCAGCUUGAUCAAAAUUAUUUGGGAGGAAUGUUUGCACAGCAAGAAGAAGCAGACACGUUUGAAUAUCUAACACAUUUGAAAACGCUAAAUCUUUCCACAAACCGCAUAACAGUCCUCCAAAAGAAUAUCUUUAGUCAUCUCGAAAAUGUCGAAGAAAUUGAUUUAAGCUGUAACAAUAUCGAAAUGUUUGACGUCGAUGUAAAGACUUUGAACAAUCUGCUUCAUUUGAAUCUUCGAGGUAACGCUGUUCAUAAACUGAACCAUGUAGUAAGACAACUUCUCGAAGAUAAUUCAGAGCGAAUAGGAAAGAAUUUUACUUUGGACUUGAGGAACAAUUCAAUCGAAUACAGUUGUACCAAUCAAAAGUUUUUGUACUGGUUGCUUGAUCAUAAAGAAAGGUUACGAGGUUUUUAUGAGAUGGUUUUCUUUAGGUUAAAUGGAAGCUCUGUAGAUGCAAAUGCAUUUCUGCGCGAUGUGCCCCACUUGCGUGCACAAUGUAGAUCAUAUACAGUUGCGAUUGUAUUGUCCGCUUUGGGUGUAUUGUCAGCAUGUGUAAUCAUCAUUGGAGUCAUUUCGUACAAAAAGAGAUGGAAACUUCGGUAUUGGUACUACAUGACAAAGCAAAAUUACUUUGGCUACCGGCGACUAGUGAACGACUAUAAUGCUGAAAAUUACCGAUACGAUGCGUUUAUAUCUUAUUCAGAUCAUGACUUACAUUUUAUUCGAGGCGAAAUUAUACCAAGACUAGAGGACAGAGGGAUGAAGCUGUGUGUACACCAACGCGACUUCCUACCUGGUAUACCGAUACAGGAUAACAUAGUGGAUGCGAUACGAACAAGCAAGAAAACGGUAGUGAUUCUCUCAAAAACCUUUGUAAUGAAACAAUGGUGCAUUUUUGAAUUCAACAUGGCAAGAAUGGAAAGCAUUGACAAGCGUGUGAGCGAGAAUGGGUGUUUAGUGAUUGUACUGUACGAGAAUGUUCCCGCCAAAAUAAUGCCUCUCGAAAUUCUUGACUGGAUAGACAAUCAUUCGUACAUUUCCUAUACAAGCGACCCGGACGGCCAGCCAUUGUUUUGGGAAAAUAUGACAACAGCCAUAAAGCGUUGAUGUCCAUUAUAAAUUAAAAUUGACCGCUCAUUUCCAGCGCUUUUGACAUAAAAUUUUGGCUCAUUAUGACGAUCCCUCCAGCAACCACACCGAACAUGAGCCAUACUGAAGAAGCCGAAAUAUGAACAAAUGGUUAACAACUUGAUACUUUAUAUUUCAAAUGCAAAUAACUUUGUUGUUAUUAUUUUAUUCAUAGUAAAGUGCAAAUGGAUAUAUUAUGAUGGCAUGAAACUGUUUUAAAACUAACGAUUGAUAACAUUACUAAGGUGCGAUUUUAAUUGCAGCUUAAUCUUACAAAAUAUAGAGCUAUGUACAUUAAUUUUAAUUAAUUUAUUGCCCAUAUAUCUAAUAAUUGAAUUCAAGACGGUUUGUACUUAAAUGUAAAGCGUUUAUUUGAAAUCGUAUUUGUAUAUAAUGAGUUUGAUCAUAUGAAUCGAAUGUAAUAAAAGAGAAUGAAUC